AACCAAAAAAACCAAAAACAAAAAUUAAAAAAAAUUCAGAAAUCACAAGGUUUCUUCUGUAAAUCAAAUCAAUCAUCAAUGUCGAGGGAGGGAAUGAGAAACAAGACAACGCCCAAUGUUUUCUUCGUUCCUCGACACUGAUAACCGCAGGUUUGCUACCUCGUAAAUUCAAAAUCAAAUCUCUGUUUCUAAUCUGCAUUGUUCAAAUUCCUCAAUCAGAUCUCGCUGUUGCUGCGGAAUCUGAACAUUGAGGUUGAGAUGGAUCAGUUGUCGGCGAUCAGCGAGGACCUGGCGGAGAUCGACGGACACAUCGCCGAUAAUUUCCGCGCAUUAGCAAAUGGGUUUCAGAAGUUGGAGAAGAUUAAGGAUUCCAGCAGGAAGAGCCGCCAGUUGGAAGAGCUCACCGAGAAAAUGCGAGACUGCAAACGGCUUAUUAAAGAUUUUGAUAAAGAAGUCAAAACUUUGGAGGCGAGCUUUGACAGAGAAACCAACAAAAUGUUGAAUGAGAAAAAGCAGUCAAUGAUCAAAGAGUUAAAUUCGUAUGUUGCUUUGAAAAAGCAAUAUGCUUCAAGUAUUGAGAAUAAGCGAGUUGAGCUCUUUGAGGGGCCCAAUGAAGGUUAUGCUGAGGAAAAUGUCUUGCUAGCUUCUUCAAUGACAAAUGAACAGCUUUUUGAUCAUGGGCAUCAGAUGAUGGAUGAGACAGAUCAAGCCAUUGAGAGGGGAAAGAAGGUUGUUCUAGAGACAGUAAAUGUUGGUACAGAGACUGCAGCAGCUCUUAAGGCUCAGACGGAACAAAUGAGCAGAGUUGUCAAUGAGCUGGAUUCUAUCCAUUUCUCUAUAAAGAAAGCCUCUAAAUUGGUCAAGGAAAUCGGUAGGCAGGUUGCAACUGAUAAGUGUAUCAUGGCAUUACUUUUCCUUAUUGUCAUUGGAGUAAUUACCAUCAUCAUUGUAAAGCUUGUGCACCCAAACAACAAGGACAUUCGCGACAUUCCAGGAUUAGCCCCUCCAGUCAUGAACCGAAGACUGCUCUGGAGUCAUCACAGAUGAAGAGUUGUAAUAAACAUUGAGAUGAGCUCAUCAAAUUGAUUUCUUGCCUUUUGGUUUGAUGGCGAUGAUAUUGGCUUCAGCUGUUGCGAGAAACAAAGCUGCCAAUACUAUAGUUUGUUGUUGCAUAAUAGUGGAGAGGUUGAUUGGUCUGAGGCAUGAUAGAACAUUGGUAUAGGCAUGUGCUCGCGAUUUUUUGUUUUCUUAAACUGAACAAGUUUUACUAUGUAGCUCCCAUCUGUCGAAUUAUAGGGAAAGCCAAACAAAUGAGCCCUUGAGAUUGUUUGCUAAUUGUAUUGUUGUCUAUCUUGUAAUAUACAGUGACUUUUAUUUUUACAGUAUUUGGUCCGGGAAAAUGAAGGAAGGAAAGGAGGGAUUGUAAUA